GUCUGACAGGCGAGGGAAGGAGAUAAGGUUUUCAGCGCCUGGAGGACCCCUACGUUGGAGUUCCUUUUCUGGUUCUCAAAAAAAAAAGAAGUUCAAGGACACUUUUUAUUCUUUUAAUAAGUUUAACACUAAAGUGUUUAAACUUUAGGUGUUUUUUUUUUCGUAUUGAGAAAACCCAACCAGGACGGGAAACGAACGAGGAAGACCGACGACGACCCUCCCUCAACCUCCGCAAUCAUGAUGUCGAUGAACAGCAAGCAGCCUUUCAGCAUGCACCCCAUGCUGCAUGAGCCCAAAUACACGCCGCUGCACUCCAGCUCGGAGGCCAUCCGCAGGGCCUGUCUGCCCACACCAUCGCUCCAAGGCAACAUCUUCGCCGGCUUCGAUGAGACUUUGCUGCAGAGAGCGGAGGCCUUGGCCGCCGUGGACAUCGUGGCCCAGAAGAGCCACCCUUUCAAGCCGGACGCCACGUACCACACCAUGACCACCAUGACCGGCAUGGCGUGCACGCCCACCUCCUCCUCGGCGCACCUGCACCACCCGUCCGUGCUCACCUCGCACCACCACCCGGGCCACCAUCAGUCGUCGCAGGGCCUGGAGGGCGACUUGUUGGAGCACCUCACCCCGGGCAUCUCCCUGGGAGGCAUGACCGGCUCGGACGUGUGCUCCUCGGCGUCGCACAACGCGGCCCACGCCGCCCACAUGAACGCCAUCAACCACAUGCAGCACCACCACCACCACCACCACGCCCAGACCAUGAACAUGCACCAGCACGGCCUCGCCUCGCACGGCGGCCUGGGAGGGGGCGGCGGCGGCGGGGAGGCCGAGCCGGACCCCCGGGAGCUGGAGUCGUUCGCCGAGCGCUUCAAGCAGCGGCGCAUCAAGCUCGGCGUGACGCAGGCGGACGUGGGCGCGGCGCUGGCCAACCUGAAGAUCCCCGGCGUGGGCUGCCUGAGCCAGAGCACCAUCUGCAGGUUCGAGUCCCUGACGCUGUCGCACAACAACAUGGUGGCGCUCAAGCCCAUCCUGGAGGCCUGGCUGGAGGAGGCCGAGCGUGCGCAGCGGGAGAAGAUGGCCAAGCCGGAGAUCUUCAACGGCGGCGACAAGAAGCGGAAACGCACGUCCAUCGCCGCCCCGGAGAAGCGCUCCUUGGAGGCCUACUUCGCCGUGCAGCCUCGGCCCUCCUCGGAGAAGAUCGCCGCCAUCGCCGAGAAGCUGGACCUUAAAAAGAACGUGGUCCGGGUCUGGUUCUGCAACCAAAGGCAGAAACAGAAACGCAUGAAGUUCUCAGCCACGCACUAAAACAUUUUUUUUUUGCAAAAAAGACAAAACAUGGACUGGCUGCUACUUUUUUUUUUUUUUUUUUUUUUUAAAGGUGCUGCACUUCUUAUCUUAACAAGCCAUUUAGUUCCUUAAUUAUUCCAGGACACUAAAUGUCUUGUUAAGAUGACUCACAACAACAAAGGACCCUUUAGCAGCCUUUUUUUGCUUUUAAUUGGAUGGACACGAAGGACACUUGUGGACUUAAAAGUUGGAUUUAUUCAACAAAAGAAGAGUGGGAAAAUGACCGUGAAGGCACCGCGCUCGGACUUCUUCAUUCCUAAGGCAAUUAUUGUACAAAAAAAACAUGAGAAUAAUAACGAUGGGGAUGGAGGAAUAUCAUCCUCCUUUUAGUUAGGACAUAUCUUUUUAUAUUUAUCAGUGUACAUACGUGUGAACCGAUGUCUUCGUUUUUUGGUUGUCAGCGUUUAUUUAAUGGGGCGAGGGAGGGAAAUGAGUGUACUGUUGAAAUUCAAAAAAAGAAAAAUAAACCACACGCAUGGUUUUAAAAGAAAAGGGGGUGAGUUUGGACAAUUCCUAGCGCAAGUGAACGCAUCGCAAUAAGAAGAAAAGGGAGAAAACACACACACACAAAAGCACUAAUUCUUAUUACACACACAUUCACACAGCAGUGUUGUACUGUAGCUGUGUGUCUACCUCAUUACUACACAGUGUUUCAUGGUGAUUUAAACACACACCUUCACUAAAAAAUAACAGGAACCAAUUUUGGGAUUUUUUUGUUGUUGGUUGCACUGGUUUUUGAUGGUGAAUUUAAUCUAGAAGACUCACUGACGUGUAAAGCUGUUGUAUGUCCACCACAAUGAUGCUUCGACAAUCAAUUAUUAUUAUUAUAUUUAUUUAUAAUUCAUUGUCGACAACCAAUCAGUUUGCAUAUUAUUUAUUUUAACCCUCGGAAGCACUUUGUCGAUAAACUGAAGGGAAAUAAUAGUUGGCCUUAUUUAAUUAUUUAGACAUUUUUUGUCAACACUAUUUUAAGCCCUUAUGCUUCUAUUUAUUUAAAUUAAUUUAUUUUGGACCUUUUUUUUUUAAACGCAUCUAUUUCAUUUGUGAAAGUGUGUUUUCAAUGUGUCUGUGUAUGACAAACUGAAAUAAACCGUGCACG